AUGAGAACGGGGAGGAAACACAGUCUGAACUUCAACAAGGAGCGGCGGCGGCGCCACGAGCCGGAGCAACGGCAGGAGGAGCCGGCCGCCACGGCCGCGGAGGGGCCACAGCCGGAGGAAAGGAAGGUGCGCCGCAGCCGCAUCGCUUUCACCCGGUGGCAGCUACAGGAGUUGGAGAGCGUUUUCCACCGCACUCAGUACCCCGACGUGUUCGCACGAGAAGAGCUUGCGAGACGCCUAAAUUUGACUGAAGCCAGAGUGCAGGUUUGGUUUCAGAACAGAAGGGCCAAGUGGAAGAGGCGUCAGAGGGCACUACUGCUCGGAAACAUGCCCCCAGUUGCCAUGGGCCAACCUGUGAGGAAAAAGAAGACCACUGGCUGUGCUUUUGGAUCUGGGUUUUGGGCCAAGUUUCGGAGAUGCCUCACUGUCGACCCCUCUCGGAUACUGAGGAUAAGCUUCCCCACACUGGGCAUGAACCUUUAA